AUGGCGUUGAGCGCUGUAGCGGAAGAAUAUUUUCGUUCAAUGAACCCUUUGGCUGCAAAAAUACAUGAAGAUGUAAUUGAAGCUAAAAAUGCAUACGAAAAUAUUUGGGAAACACUCACCGAAAAAGAAAAGACUGAAAUUAUAAAUGAAUCGAUAAUAAAGCCAGAGAUAGCUCUGAAAUAUGCACUUCUAGACACCCUGGAGUUUGACUUUAACGACCCACCAGUGUGGAAAGAUGAUCUCAUGUCGUUCUUCGGGAGGGAGCAUGGACAGAGGGUCAUUCAAGAUGAACAUACAUCAUUCAAAGAUGAACACUCUGCUCCUUUCCUCUAUCAAACAAAAAGCCAAUUGAACCUGUGUGUACUCAGUGAACACCGAACGCCCAAAGAUGUAAAACCAACAUCACCUCUUCCAGUCAUGUCUGAACUUGCCAUAUCUCAUUCCAAAGUUGUAUCUGAACUUAAAAAUGCUUUAAAAUCACAUGAAGCUAUGAAAACUUACAAGGAAGACCAAGAAGUCACUUCACCAGGGUUCAUUAGUAAGUUUAUGAGCAACUUUAAGAGCAAAGAUGAGGAGCGGGAGUGUCUUGUUGGUGGUGUUCAGGCUCAUAUUGUUGCUUCAUCAGAUAACUUCUUCAAGACUAAUUUCAAGAGCCCUCAGAACGAGAGAUAUGACAGAGAAUACAGGAACAGCAUUGUGAAAUCUAGUAGUGAUCUCUCUGAAGAGAACCGUGGUUUGUUGUCGUCGAGUCACGCGUCAUCAGGCACUGACUUCCAAUCCACAGAGACUCUCACCGAGUCGACAUUGCCAAAGACUGGUUUCGAUUUCUUAGAUAACUGGUAA